AUGCAGAUCCUCGAUCCAGGCACAGAAUGCGCCCUCCGAUUCUGCAAGGAAUUACGUAGGAAAUCGAUCGGACUGGGUGAUGAACGGAAUACUCAUUUCAUGUUGAGUGGAAUAAUCCUACUGCUUCAGAAGACUCAAGCUACGAUCAUUCAGAUGUCGACAGUACAACCAUCAACGCCAACCUCCCCAUCAUCACCUUCUCCCACCUCCCCCAUAGUCACAGUUGCGACCGACAAGAGUGGUCAAUUUACAGCCAUUGGUGAUGCUAUUUCAUAUGCUCAGCAUAAUGAUAUCCCAUCUGUUACCGUCUUAGCGGGUACUUACCCAGCUGUAACUGUCUCCGCAACUCCAUCCGUCGCCGUCAUCGGCCAGCCUCAAGAUAUAGAUGGAUAUUCCAAGAACAAGGUUAUCAUUUCCGAUGCUGGUACAGCUUUGACAAUCACGGCGGAUAUCGACGGUAUUACUUUCCAAAACAUCAACUUCAUCAAUACAGACUCCGAUAGUGCAGCCAUCCAAGUGAAAGGAACGAAGAUAGCAUUUUAUGGGUGUGAAUUCAUUUCAGCUGGGCCCGUUGGGAUUGAAACAGACUUGGGUAUCAUAUUGAUCGCAAACAGCUAUAUCGAAGCUCAUGAGAAAGCAAUUGACGGGAAAGCCACAGUGUAUGUUUUCAGAACAUCAAUUUCCCCGCUCGAUAGCUCGGCCACCGUUAUCAACAACCUGGGUACAUCGUUAGAUGAUACUUUAUACAACUCGACGAUAGUUCUCGAUCGAUCCACUAUUUCCCCCAAGUCUGGAAGCGACAACGAUGAGGUCUACUUGGCGAAAGCCAAAGGUGUGGGAUCGGUGGCAGUAUAUCUAAGUUCCGUGUUGGAUGGGUUCAUCGCUGCGACCGGAGUGCAUAUCGAUGCAACAACCCAGAGUGGUCGCAACUUCUACGGCGAACAUGGAGAUACUGGGGCAGGAGCCUAUCCGAGCAACAAGGACGCUAGAUCGCCGUACGUGACACUAUUGGAUACUGCUGAUCUGGCCCAGUUCGCAAUCGAGACCGUGUUUGGAAACGCCUACCCCAGAUAUGCUACAUCUGAUACCAGUUGGAUAGACUCUGGUAUUCUAACCGACAUACAUGAUGGAUCUGGAGGUUCAGGUUCAGGGUCAGGCUCUGGUUCUGGAUCAGGUGGAUCAGGUGGCUCUGGGUCUGAUGGAUCAGGUGGCUCGGGCUCGGGCUCAGGUUCUGGAUCAGAUGGUUCUGGAUCAGGCUCCGGUGGCUCUGGAUCAGGCUCAGGAUCAGGAUCAGGUUCAGGCUCUGAUGGUGCUGGGGGUUCUGGAUCAGGCUCUGGUGGCUCAGGCUCCGGCUCUGAUGGUUCUGGGGGCGCUGGAUCAGGCGCUGGAUCAGGCUCUGGAUCAGGCUCUGGUGGCUCUGGAUCAGACUCAGGCUCAGGGUCUGAUGGCUCUGAUGGCUCGGGCUCUGGUGGUUCUGGUGGCUCUGGUGGCUCUGGGUCUGGCGAUUCAGGGUCAGAUGGAUCAGGAUCAGGGUCUGGGUCUGGCUCCGGUUCAUCUUCGACAGGCUCAACGUCCCCAGAUGCUAUACCAGCGGGCACCUUGGUGGUGUCUACCAACCCAUCAGAUGGCGAAUACAGUAGCGUUUCGUCAGCGAUUAAAGCUCUUCCCGCUGAUGGGAAACCAUAUGUCAUCGAGAUCAGAAGUGGCGCAUACAAGGAGCAGAUAACCAUCAAUCGAAAAGGGAAGGUCACACUACGCGGGCAAACUACAUACAAGAACGAUUUCACUAAAAAUCUGGUGACGAUCGAAACCUCUUAUGGAAGAGCAACUAAGACCGGUAAUGAUGAGUUGACAGCUGUCAUUCGAGUCAAAUCUGGCUCGGACUCAGAUGGUUCUGGUGGCUCUGGAUCAGGUGGCUCGGGCUCAGGCUCUGAUGGUUCUGGCUCUGGGGAUUCCAAUGCAAAAACAAUAAUUGCGUUGUAUAACAUCAACCUUCGCAAUACAUAUCCCCAAAAGAGCGAUACCGUGGCCAUUUCAGGAGCAUUCAACGGUCUAGUAGCUGCAUAUGGCUGUUCGUUCAUUGGUUAUCAUCACACUUUGUUUGCAAACGAGGGAACCCAAGUUUUCUCCAAUAGCUAUAUCGAAGGCUCAAUCGAUUUUAUAUGGGGGUCUUCUAUAGCUUACUUCCACCAAUCGUACAUUGCAUCAAACACGAACGGCUAUUCCAUCACUGCACAGACUCGGUCAUCCGAAAAUGCUGAAGGCGGGUUUGUCAUCGACACCUGCGUGGUCACAUACAUUAGCCCCUACGACAUGUCUGGCAAGGGAACUUAUCUUGGACGCCCUGCCUCCGAGUACAGUCUUGUGAUUUAUAUGAACUCCUUUUUGGAUAAGCAUAUCAGUCCUGUUGGAUGGAGUUCGUCUGGACCAUCGGGAACUGACCACGUUACAUUUGGUGAAUAUCAUAAUUCCGGACCAGGAAAGUGGUCAGACGCUCGCGCACCAUUCGCGAAAAAGCUGAAUCAGGGCGAGGCACAAGCUUAUACUCUCUCCGCGUGGAUUGGAGACACCUCUUGGAUUGAUAUGACUGCCUAUAACUACGAUCCUUCCUACAGUCUAACCGAUGGCAACGGAGGGAGCUCGCCCACAGCUCCAGAAUCUGGUACAGGAACUCCGACGCUUUCGGGAAGUGGUUCAGAGACAUCCCCAUCUAAUCCAGCCGGAACUGGUACCGCCGGGCAUCCAAAGAGUGGGACAAAACCACCACCGGGAGCAGUUCUCGUGUCGACAUUGAGCUCCAUCGAGAGCUCCUACUCGUCUGUUGCAAAAGCAUUGAACUCACUACCCGAUGAUGACUCUUUGCAGACCAUCUUUAUUUACCCAGGAUCAUAUAAUGAACAAGUGCCAGUCAUUGAUAGAAAUGGUCCAACAAUAAUCAUUGGAUACACAACUGGAGCUGUCGGUGAAAACUUCUCGGACAAUGAAGUAACUAUCACACUUUCUCGUGGAGCUCCCGUCUCUUCACGCUCUUCUACUCACUCCGAUUCGGACACUGCAACUUUUUCGACUGCCUCCAUCAAUAUUGCUGUUUACAACAUCAACAUAAUCAACAGUGACAACCUCGACGGUUCAAAGGCAUCUUACAUCGCAGUAGCAGCUUCAGUCUAUGGAACACAGAAUGCCUUCUACGGCUGUUCAUUUAUUGGCUGGGAAGAGACCUUGUUGACUGGUGGCGCCAACUCUUAUCAAUAUUAUGAGUCCUCCUAUAUCGAAGGGGCUUUGGAUUUCAUCUAUGGGCCCGCAAAAGCUUACUUCAAAGGAUGCACUAUUGGAGCCAAGUCUCCAGGAAACGCAAUUACAGCACAAGGUCGCGCAUCUCAAGAGGCCGUCGGUGGCUACAUAUUUGAUCAAUGUCUUUUUGGAGCAGCCUCAAAUGCAGCAUCAGAUUUGGGUGGAUCUAUCUUUCUUGGGCGUCCCCAAUCAGAAUAUGCACUAGUUGUGGUCAAGAAGUCGCAUCUUACUGACGUGAUUAAUCCAUCGGGGUGGAAGGCGUGGUCUUCUACAGACCCUCGAACAGACCAUAUCACCCUUGCAGAGUAUGAAAAUACAGGAAAAGGGAACUGGGAGAAUAAUGCAGACGCUCGGGAAGCAUCUGGCCUCGCAAAGCUGCUUGAAUCCGACGCCUAUGCUUUAGCUGAUGUCAUGGAUUCUACAGACUGGAUUGACAUGACAUACUGGGACAAAAUCGUCACUCCCAAGGCCGAACCAGGGAGUGAACCAUCACCAGAAACGUCACCGGGACAACCAACCGAUGACUCUGAUUCCGAUGGGACGACGCCACCUGAUGGGGCAUUCGUUGUGUCGAAGACCAAAAUCGACAACCAGAAGACAUACAAGACCAUACAGAAUGCCCUUGAUGCCUUAUCAUCAUCAGCUUCAUCGAAGACUACCAAGAAAGUGUUUAUCUAUCCUGGAACUUAUCAUGAAACACUGAAGAUCACUACACUAGGUACUCUGGUCCUAAUCGGCUACUCGAAUUCGCCUACCAGCAAUGACAAGAAUCAAGUCACAAUCGCCAGCAACAAAGCGGCAGACACCAAAUUUGGCGAAUCUCCAAGUAGCAGCGCGACAGUAUAUGCUGCAGGAGAUGCUCUACAAGCUAUGAACAUCGAUUUCUCCAAUACAAACAAAGCAGUUGGAGACAGAGAGUCUGUCGCAUUAGCAGUAAAAGAAUCUACAUAUGCUAGUCUGUAUGGAUGCCAGGUAUCUGGAGGCCAUAACACCAUUGUGGUUGAUGGAUAUCUCUUCGUGGCGGAAAGCAAGAUCGAAGGCAACAUGGAUGUGAUAGCAGGAAGCGGAUCGGGCUAUUUCCUCGACUCGACAGUGUCUCCGAAUGAUGACGGCAUCAGUAUUACUGCAGGCAAGCGCGAUUCCACUGAUUCACCUGGAGGUUUUGUCUUCGAUAAAUGCACAAUUACACCAUCUGAUGGGGCAGGCUCCAUGUCAGGAAUCUCGCUUGGAAGACCUCAAAAUCCUAACGCGAGAGUUGCAUACAUUGAUUGUCAUUUGGGGUCCUGCAUAGAGUCUGCUGGAUGGGAGGAAUGGUCCUCUGACAGUGCUCGAACUAGUAAUGUUUUGUUUGGAGAAUACAAUAAUGACGGUCCGGGAUCAGAUACAUCUGGGCGAGUGUCUUUUGCGACACAAUUAGAUGACAAGUCGGUGGUACAGUUCGAGAUAUCGAAUUUCUUUGACACUACCUCCUGGAUUGAUUUCACGCAUGUCUCCGCAACCCCUUUUGCCCCUGGGGAAUCUCCAGCUUCGCCAACGCCCAGUUCAUCCGAUCCAUCCUCUUCUGGACCAGUGAAAACCACCACAACCAUGAUUGUGACAGACGAGGCUACAUCUUUGACAACAAAAACUCCCGGGGAUAGCCCAACCACAACGGGAACGACAACUGCUACUGUUGAUGUGGCAUCCGAUUCAGAGUCAAUGACCCAAGCUACCGCCACAUCGACAUCAGUGGUCACGAAAACAAUCACAGAUGACAAAGAAACUUUGACAACAACCUCUACUGAGACGGUCGUAGGCGACUCAACAUUAACACCCACGACAGUUGUUAAGACCAAGACAGAAAAAGCUCAAAAGACCGCUGUCAAAACCAUCACGGCGGCAUUCUCUAUCAAAACCGUUGAAAGGACGUUGACAAGCACUGAGUUGGUCACUGCUUCUUCGUCGAUGACAUCAACUGUAUUUACCACGGCAACAAGACUCACAACUCCGGCUCCUCGUACCUCCGAAGUAACCUCUACCAUCACAUUCACAGCCGGCACUGGAGGCACAACAACGGUCUCGGCUGGAACUAGCGUCAUAACAUUCAGUACAACAUCAAUAAAGACCAAGACAACGAGCACAACAACAACACUGAGUUGUCUGCAGGCUACAAGGGUGAAACGAAGUCUUCUCCCACCACGAGCUAUUCUUGCGACCACAGUCACAGAUUAUUCAACUACCACUGAAUUCAUUACCACCUCCACGGUGAUGGCAUCGGGAUCGAAGAAUUUCCUAGUCAAAACAAUAACAGCCACACAUACAGGUGAUAGGCAAAAUGCGGCCAAAAAAGCAACUUCAGUUAUCACAAAAACUUCGUCUGUGACAAUAUCAGCUGUAGCGACGACGACAGUUACGAAGUCAUUUCCAGCUGGCAAUGACAUAACACCUGAUCCAGUGACAUUUACGCACAUUGUCACCUCAACAUCGACAGCCACAUCUACAACCACUGUAUACGCUGCUACAAAGACGGCAACAGGUCUUACAACUACCAUCAUUCAGUCCUUCGUUGGACCCACUGCGUUGAUAAAGGUCGUGACAAAGACUGUGCCAGCAACUUCUACAAUUGCUUUACCCCUAUUCACCUCAACGAAGAUUGUAACGACGACCUACCAUAAUUCACCCACUGUUACUGUCACCACAGGUCCCACCUCUACCAAGAUCAAGACUGUGAAGACUACGUCUACUCUCACCAGUACCGUGACAGCUACCGCAAAGGGUGCCACAAGUUGCGCAUCAUGA